CUCUUGACCUUACAGAUGACUGAGCCAAUGAAUGUCUCCGAGCAAGCUGCCAGCUUUGCUUCUGUAAGAGAAUUUAUGCUCCUAGGUUUCUCUUGUGAGUGGCAGAUUCAGGUCCUCCUCUCCUCACUCUUCACUACAACAUAUGUUCUGACCAUAACAGGGAAUGGGGCCAUUGUCUGUGCACUGUGGUGUGACCAGUGACUCCACACCCCUAUGUACACAUUCCUGGGGAAUUUCUCCUUUCUAGAGAUCUGGUAUGUUUCUUCUACAGUGCCCAAGAUACUGGUCAACUUCCUCUCAGCAACAAGGACCAUCUCCUUCACUGGCUGUUUCCUACAAUUCUACUUCUUUUUCUCCUUGGGCACAUCUGAAUGCUUCCUUCUGGCUGUCAUGGCCUUUGAUCGGUACUUAGCCAUCUGCCAUCCCUUACACUACCCUAAUAUCAUGACAGGGCAUCUCUGUGUCAAACUAGUCAUUACCUGUUGGUUUUGUGGCUUUCUGUGGUUCCUAAUCCCCAUUGCUCUCAUAUCUCAGUUGCCCUUCUGUGGUCCAAAUAUUAUUGACCAUGUUGUAUGUGACCCAGGACCAUUAUUUGCAUUGGCAUGUGCCUCUGCCCCAAUAACCCAACUGAUUUGUUACACUCUAAGCUCAUUAGUUAUCUUUGGCAACUUCCUAUUCAUCCUUGGGUCUUAUACUCUUGUUUUAUUAGCUGUGUUGCGUGUGCCUUCAGCCAUGGGAAGACGUAAGGCCUUCUCCACCUGUGGGUCUCAUUUGGCUGUGGUAUCCCUGUUCUAUGGCUCCCUGAUGGUCAUGUAUGUGAGCCCAGGACUCGGACAUUCUGCUGGAAUGCAGAAAAUUGCAACCUUGUUCUAUGCUAUUGUGACCCCACUAUUCAACCCCCUCAUCUACAGCCUCCGGAAUAAGGAGAUAAAAGCAGCCUUGAGGAAAGUUCUGUGGAGUUCUAGCAUAAUCUGA